AUGGUAUUUGAUUUCAUCAACAAGAUGGGGACCAAGUAUCGAUUUCCUAGUUCCAUCAAAUAUUGGGUCAAACAAGCUCAACAAGAGACUUAUGGGAAGGAAUAUAAACAUCUCCCAGAAAGAUUGAGUCCACUGCCCCUACCUAAAGAGCGAGUCGUCCACCUUCGUCCCUUUGAAACCACAGGUGUCGACUAUACAGGAGCACUAAUUUUAACAGGCACACCGGACAAGAUUCCAGUGAAAGCCUACAUUUGCCUUUUCAAGUGUGCUACCACACGCAGAGUACAUUUAGAAGUCACUUCUGACAUGAGUGCAGAAGCCUUUCUGCAAGCCUUUCGCAGAUUUGCUGCACGAAGAUCUUACCCAAAAUUAAUGAUCUCAGAUAAUGGAUCUAACUUCGAGGCAGGAGAAGCUUGCUUACAAGAAAUAUGGAACCAUCCAGAAGUACACUCUGUGCUCAAACAAAGACAAUGCUUUUGGAAAUUUAUUCCUCCAAGAGCACCAUGGCACAGCGGUUUUUACGAAAGAAUGGUGGGAACUGUUAAGAAAUGCCUAAGAAAAACCAUACACCGGCAGAAAAUUAAUAUCACCGAGUUACAGACCCUUGUCGUGGAAAUUGAAGCACGAGUCAACAACAGACCUCUAACCUACUUAACAGAAGAUUUCUCCCAAAGAGAACCCCUAAGCCCCUCUCAUUUGAUUCAUGGUGGUCUUCUGAGACCUCUAAUAUCUCUAGGAGACGAGGAUCCAGCUGACCCUUCGUGUGUCAAAGCAAGUGACUUGGUGGAGAGUUAUAGACACCUUUCAAGAGUAAUAGAGAAAAGGAAUGAGGUCUGGACACGUGAAUAUUUAACUGCUUUAAGAGAAUAUCAUUAUGGAGCUGCAAGCCCAUACAAUAAAGUUGCACUUAAACCAGGUGAUCUUGUCCUAGUAGACAGUGAUGGACCCAGGUCAGAUUGGCCUAUAGGUAAAAUUGUCGACAUCCCUCCUGACCGCCAUGGUAUUUUACGAAUUGUUAAAGUUCAGUGUCGAGGCACUACUACCUUGAAAACACUAGAAAAAUUAGUACCUUUAGAGUUAGCAGAACACGAGUGUUCUACAGAUAUACCUGUAACCCAAGUUUCAGAGAACAAUGAUUCUACUCAACCGAGCACAAGACCAUCAAGAGUCGCUGCUCAGAAAUGCAAACAGAAACUUAAACAAUAUUUUGAUUCUAUUCAAGAGUAG